GACUCUUCAUUCAUAAACACAGCGAAGGCAAACUGACUGACAGUUGAAUCGAGAGUAAGAAAAUCAACAAUUCCGGACAAUCAAGCUUUUUACACCAAGAGAGCAAAUUACCACUUUUAUCUGGGCGUUUCUUCCUUUUCUUGAGGUUGUGUUUAUUUCACUAGUUUGUCACAGCUUCAGAUCGAAUAAUGAGAGGGAAUCUUUCCCCGAACGAAGAUAUUUCAGCGUAUUAUUCAAUGAUGCCAGUCUCGGACUUCCAUGAAAAUGUUCCCUGUACGGUGGAGCCCGCGGAGAGUGUCUGUGGAGCGGCAGAACCUGUCACCUCCAGACCGCGGAUGGGUAAUACCUUUCUGGCGCAGGAUAGAGGAUGCGCGCAGGACGGAGCUGAAGAGUUAAAGGAAAAAACUGUGCUUGCCCCACCAAUGUUCAUCUUUCAAAAGAAAACCCCAUCCAUGAAGAGAAGCGCAGAGAGAUGGGAGGAGGGCUCAGUUAUGGGAAUCAGUCCAAACAAACGAGUCAGAUCGCUCACCUACCCUAACAACAGAAUCAGGAAAGGCUCCUGUGACGGCAGUAGACGAGUGCGAUCAAGCGCUCUCUCUUUUCCCCCGCGUCCUCCAGUCUCAAGAUCAAAUGUCUUCAUGCCCUCAAAUCUCUUCAGCCAGACCAACAUUUCCCAAAACAAAGUGUCACCUCUGAACAGGGUCAGAAGGUCAUUACUUCAGCCUGCACGUCUCCUCGCCCCUCAGCCCAGGAACAACAUCUCACAGCCACACCUAUCUGAGGUCAGCCAUGACCUUUCAGACGAUUGCUGCAGCGUCACAACUGACCACUCCUCCACUGUGAGUGUAUUACAUCUGAAGACGUUCCCUCAAGUUCACAGAUUGAAGGCAGACACUAUUACCUCAGACAGGGUCCAGUUUGUAUUUGGGGAAAACAUGGGCGCGAGAGUUUUGAGACCACAGAAAUUGCCCAGCAGUGAACAUUCUGAUUGCAGCUCCUCUAAUUCUGAGUCCUCCACCUUUGAGACAAGGCAUAAAGGUGCUGUGUGGAGCAGCCUGAGGGAGUCUGCUGCAGCUUACACAGAGUCCUGUGGGAGGCAGCGUGUGCUCAGGCGGGUUCAGCUGUUCACUGGGGAGGAGAAGGAGAGCAAUGUGGUCCAGCUGACCUGCAGACUGUUUGUUCUGGAAAAUGGAACUCAGGCAUGGAAUGAGCGAGGGAGAGGAGUUCUGCGACUCAAUGAUCUAAUGGCAGGGACCAAAGGAGGGCUGCAGUCCAGGAUAGUGAUGAGGCACCAGGGCAGUCUGAAAGUCAUCCUCAACACUAAGCUCUGGCCCCACACACACCUGCGUCGCCCCGCCCGUCGGAACCUCCAGGUGACGGCCACCGACGUGGAGACCCAGGCCAUCCGGGUGUUUCUCAUCCAGGCCAGCGCCAGGGACGUGGCUCGCCUCUACGUAGCCAUCCACCAUCGGCUGGUAGCCCUACGGUCCAGUGCAGCUGGGAGGGAGUUAGGGGCUGCAGGGGGCAGGACCAGGGAGGGACACUGCAACAGUGAGAAUGAGGAAGAGGAGGAGCAGGAAGAGCAGACACAACGGCAAGAACGAGAAGGGCUGCUAGUGACACGAUUGCGACCUGUGGUUUCUGAUUGGAUACCCAGUAAACCCAGUUUUGAAUCUUGGUGACAUGACAUUAUACUGACCUGGACCAUGCAACAGUUUGUGGUGUCAUCACAUCUGAACAGAACUUUUAACCAUCAUGGAACAAAACAUCAAGAGACAGCUUUCAAAAAUAAAUACUAGCAUUUACUGAGCUACCAUGACUACCUUUUGCCAAAAGAAGAUAUAUUACAUGACCAAAAGUAUGUGGGCACCUGCUUGUCGAACAGCUGAUUCCAAAAUCAUGGGCAUUGAUAUGGAGUUGGUCCUCCGCUUUGCUGCUGUAACAACCUCCACUCUUCUGGGAAGGCUUUCCAUUAGAUGUUGGAACAUUGCUGCAAGGACUUGCUUCCAUUCAGCCACAAGAGCAUUAGUGAGGUCAGGCACUGAUGUUGGCCGAUUACGCCUGGCUCGCAGUCGGUGUUCCAAUUCUUCCCAAAGGUGUUAGAUGGGGUUGAGGUCAGGGUUCUAUGCAGGCCAGUCAAGUUCUUCGACACCGAUCUUGGCAAACCAUUCUGUAUAGACCUCGCUUUGUGCAUGGGGUCAUUGGCAUGCUGAAACAGGGAAGGGCCUUCCCCAACCUUGCCACAAAGUUGGAAGCACAGAAUCGUCUAGAAUGUCAUUGUAUGCUGUAGCGUUAAGAUUUCCCUUCACUGGAACUAAGGGUCCUAGCCUGAACCAUGAAAAACAGCCCCAGACCAAAAUUCCUCCUCCGCCAAACUUUACAGUUGGCACUAUGCAUUCGUGCAGGUAGCGUUCUCCUGGCAUCCGCCAAACCUAGAUUUGUCCGUUUUACACCACUCCAGUCGACGCUUGGCAUUGCGCAGGGUGAUCUUAGGCUUGUGUGCGGCUGCUCGGCCAUGGAAACCCAUUUCAUGAAGCUCCCGACGAACAGUUACUGUGUUGACAUUGCUUCCAGAGGCAGUUUGGAACUCACUAGUGAGUGUUGCAACCGAGGACAGAAUCUUUGCUGAGGCGUUGUUGUUCCUAGACCAGGGUUCCCCAAUUGGCGGCCCACGUACGGUGGUUUUAUAUGGCCCUCCGAGUUUCUGAGCAAAAAAAAGAAACAAUUAUACACUUAAAAUUCAUUGGACAUAAGACUAAAAACAAAUAUCAGCUCCAAUUUAUUUUAAUUUUGGAAAAUCUGUUCUAGUAUUCCAACGCAUAAUAUAGAAAUGUCAUCGUAUACCAAGGUAAGCAAGGUUUGAAAUUGUUUUCGUCAAAUAUAUCUGAGAUUAUUGCGGUCAAUUUGCAGUCUACAAUUGAUCUUUAAUCAUGACCUGGUCCUCUGACCAUCUGCUGAGGAAAAAUAAAUAAAUAGGCCCGCGGCUGAA